CCUUGCGCUGUACAACAUGGCGGCAAAUUUGGCGAUUAAAACAACAUAUCCCAAGAAGACCAUAAAAAGCAGCUGACAAAUGCAACAUGAGUGCUUUACGGCUGUUGGCGAGGCGUUUCAACUACUCGGUAAGUUUUUCUUCUUGUUUAGAGUUACAUUCGAUAAACUUGGCUGUUUUUGCAUUGAAAUAGUAUUUCUGGUAUCUUCAACAGACAUUGAGACCCGCGAGAGUUCUUUUUCAUCCAAACGUUGCCACUACACCUUCAUUUUACACUCUUCAAGACAAGAGGCAUAGUAGCAAUGAAGCACCGUCGUAUUUUUUCUUGUUUUCUCCCGAUCUUCCUCCUGUGUAUGCACUUCAAGUAUUCCUGGAGACAGUCCAUACUUGGACUCAUCUUCCAUGGUUCGUGAUAAAAUGUGUUAACCAUAUUACCUAGUCAGGCUGUAAAGAGCUAAUUUACUUCAUGCUUGUCAGCUCUGUCUCUGAAUGAAUUAGAAUUUUUUGUCUACUAAUUCUGGGGUUAUUUUUAUUACUUUUUAUUAUUAUUAUUAUUAUUAUUAUUAUUAUUAUCGUACAAUUUGAUUCAGCCUAUUUGAACUGCACUUGUACAGUCAGACAACUGCAAUAGAUGAAAGCACUGUUGAAAUUAAUUCUGGAUUGUGUUGCUUUUUAUUCACUCUACUCUCUAAUUGGCCAACUUAUUGCGUUCUUUGCGGAAACAUUGACACGAACCACACUAGUAAUUCUUGUCUACGGUAGCUAUUACUUGUCAAUCAGAAAUUUGUAAUUCUUAAUUUUUUAAGGUGGGCAGUGAUUGUUGGCUCUACAGUUGCUUUGAGAAGUAUAGUCACAGUUCCAUUGGCGAUUUAUCAGAAUAAACUUCUUGCUGAAAUUGAAAUGCGUCAACCAACAAUUAGUAUGAUGACUGAAGCUCUUAAGCAUAGGGUAGUUGGAGAGUGUCGCAGAUCAAAUCAACCUCCUGAAGAAGCAGAAAGACAAUAUUUGAGAAAAGUAGGUAUCCUUUUCAGAAAUUUUCUGGAUAUUUGUGUAUAUUAGUUUAUCAGUUUAACCUAUGUCCAUAGCUGUUGAAUCUCACAAACAUUUUUUUAAGGUACUUGUCUUUUUAGUGCACAUCUGAGAAAAAAUUUCAGCAACAACUUUGAUUGAUGUCAUUAAAAUACUUUUACUUGAGCAAUUUGACAGUGCAUCAUGACAAAAAUUUUACCAUCAAAAAAACCUUUGAGAGAUUUGAUAGCUAUUCAACAAAGAAUUGUUGAAAAUCUCUUUUCACUUGGGAAAAAUUCUGCUCUCCCCAAAAUUUGAAAAAUUUGCACCAUGAACUCAUCACUUUUUCAAGCUUUCAUUCAAGCUCAAUUCAGAAUAUUUUAUCACUAGUCUUCUUGGGUCAGUAAAAGGUUUUGAAGGAGAGUGAUAUUUAGUUUCCUCGCAGCAUUAUUGCAUGACAUUGCAAAGAAUGAAAUGUGUAGAAAAUUAAGUGCAUAUUACAUGAGUAUACCUUUACCAAAACAGGGGAUUGUGAGAGGGUGGGCUUCUACUAAAAGUCAUGCAGUCAUCAACCAAUCAGGUUUUCUAGCCUCUUUCCCAGAUUACUGAGUUUCAAUGUCAAGAUGCACCCUUGAUUUAUCUUAUCCAGAAAAAGCAAUGUUGAUGCUAACCUUACAUCAAAUAUGGCUUUUGUAUUUCUCUACAAGAGCUUAUGCCAUGAUCACCUGGUUUAUAUUGAACGGGUAUGUAUAUAAAGGUUUUUACAGAUGUAAUGUUACUUAAUAUAAAUAACACAUGAUGAAUAAAGUUUUUUGUAUUGAAACAAUCUUUCAGAAUAGAAAGAUGAUUUCUGAGUACUACAAGUCUGAAGGACUCAGUCCAUUGAGGCUCUCAAUAUUGCCAUGGACUCAGCUUCCACUGUGGUUCUUUCUCUCCUUGUCACUUAGAAACCUGGCUGGUUUCUUUCCUUGGCAAAGGAAUGCAGGUAGAGCUGAUAAGCAAAUUUUCAUUUAUGCACUGAUCAAUUUGAAGCUUCAAUGUCCCCUUUCAUGUAGAUCACAAUGUGUUUUAUCUUUUAAAAUGGAGGUGUUUAAGAUAAAGAGCUAACAUUCAUGCACAGAUUUUUGCAACAAAGUGUGAUGAAACUUUUUAUUCUGUGAGCUUUAACAUGCUUUUCACCUACUGUUCCUAUUCCCCUUUGAGUGUUGGAAAACUUGAGAGGUGGAUAUUAACUUUGCAGGUACAUUCAUUUUUAUUAAUCCACUAAUAGUUAAAUGUGAUCAUAACUGUUACACUCACAUGGGUGAUUUUCUUUCAUUUUAAUUCUGUUUCUCAAUUUAACUACAAAAUCCAAGUUAAAAAUGUUCCUUUAAAAAACUUGUUAUGAAAAGUGAAUAAAAUAUGGUAUGUUGGAAUCUAGCUUGUACAUGUCACACAACAUAUUAGUCAAAAUAAGGUUUGAGAACAUUGCAUGACCAUUGAUGUGAAAGUUAUAGCUAAUUAGUACAAAAAAGUAAAAUGGGAUUACUUAGUAGUUUCACUAAGAUGAAGUUGUCUGGGUAUGUAGUUCAAAACUGUUCAGAAAUCAUGAAGUGGUUAUCUUGAAAAUGAAUGCGUAAGUUUUAUUAUUAAUAGAAACUACCUUAUCAUUUCAGAAAAAUUACAUGUACUGCUAAAAUAUCUUAAAGGAAGGGAAAGGGGUAAUAAGAAAUAAAUUGACAAGACCUGCUAGGAGUGUUUGGCGGCAUCUCAGGCUGAAACAUUUUGCAACUUUGUAUGUUUUACUUAAGAUCCUUAUUUCUUUAAAUUAUGCAUUUGUUUGAUUAUUUGUGUGAAAAUUGCAUCAAAAUUAAUACUGUCUCAUUAUUAAAAUGGUAUGAAAUAAAUAUUUUUAUAAACCAUUACUUAACUGUUACACUGCAGAUUUUCACAUAAAAUUAUAGGAAUAUAGACAUCUUGUAAAAUGUCUCCAAAUUCCCUCUUUGUUUUAUUUAUCUUCUAUGUUUAUCCACUUGAUUUACUCUUUCACACCUUUCUUGUCUCUAGAAAAUGAGAGCUUACAUCUCAUUGUUGAAAAUGUUUGAACAAGCAUGUUUUACCCAGAAUUAAUUUUGUUGUUGCAGUAUAUUUAAAAAGAGCAUUCAUUUGCUCAUUCUUCCAAGUGUUGCCUUGUUCUUGCUUUGUUCUUCUAAUUUGGCUUUUUCAUGUACUUAUCUUUUGCACAUCUCAAUAUUUCUUGAAUCUCAUCUUCACUGAAUUCUUGCACCUUUAUUUUGUUGAUGAUUUCAGUCAAGGCUCCAUUCUUCUUCAACUCAGCAAUGGCAUCCUCUUUGCUUGUACCCUCCAAUGGUAAUUUUUCUGAAAGAAGCCCACCAGGUUUAGCUGCCAGCAUCUUGCUUGGUGAAGCAUUCUGCUUCAUAAGUAAAGCCUUGCUGUUGAACUUAUCAGCAUGUGUGAAGCUUUUGGAGCGUGUCAUUCCAUACUCGUUUUUCUUCACAACAGGCAGAUCUUUGGUGCUUGUUUUUUCCUUUUCACAAUUUUCAACUUUGGUAUCUUGAAAUCCCAUAGCUUGUUUCAACUUCUUUAUGUCAUCAGAGAACUCAAACAUUUUAAACUCUAGUUGAGCAACUUCCUCACUUAAAUACUGAAACUUUGUGCUGAGCUCCUCAAUCUUUAAAGGCUUGUCAGCUUCUCCAGUUUUCUUGUUGUCUUGUGAUUCUUUUGACGUCAGAGCUGUCAUUGGUUUCUUUGCAUUAUUUCCUGCUCCUAGAAGCACUGUUUCGUCUGCUGAGCUCUCACUAGAUUCAGAGGAGGUGUAUUCAGGGAUUUCUGCUAGUUUAGCACGUGAAGGUUUCUCUUUCUUCAUCAAAGCUCCUUUCCUGGAAUCAUCUUUUACAUCACCAUCCUUCUUCAGUCCUUGCAAUUCAUGAUCAUUUUUUGUUGAUGUAAACUUCUCUGAAAUAAGAAAAUGCCCAUUUGAAAAUGAAGCAGUUUUUCCUUCCUUGAAGUUCUCUGAUACUUUUGAUGCCAACAGUUUGUCACCAACUUCUUUAUUAUCCUUGUAACCACUUGUAGCAGCUUUAUUAAUUCCUUUGCUGUCUGGAUUCUCUGCUGAUUCAAAGAAACUCACAGGUACUGUGCUAGCAGCUCGCUUUCUUGGACUUUUGAUGUACUCAUACUUAGCAAGUGUGUCUAUGGUAAUGGUUUCAAAAGUGUACUUUCCACUCUUGUCUUCUCCUUCACCUUUAUCUUCUUUGCUUUUUCUGGAACUUCUUUCAUCGCAGCUAAAAUUGACUUUGGGGAUAUCAUGUUUAGGAGAUGAUGUUAGCUGAGACCUUGCAUCUUUCCCAUUGGAAGGCUUUCUGCUGAGAGCAGUGGCACCUGAUUUUCGUGGGCUUGACAGCUUUUCUGCAAGUAGCUCAGUGUAAAGCCUUUUGGUCUUGUCAUCUGUUUCCCACCAUUUGUAAGUGGGAAAGCUGGGAGCUGCAGCCAUAACCAGUUCAAGAAAUCUAGGAAUCUACAAAUUAAUGGACAAAAUGUUAAAUUAGACUGAAAUUCAGGGCUAAUUAUAAGCCACUAGCACUAUAGGAGAAGUAUUGUUGUAUUUGAUGUAUUGGCCAGUUACAUAUUAAAUAAGCUAAUUCGUGUUUGCCUCAAACAGAACUCUAAGUAUUUGAAAGGUGCCUUCAGGAUUUGUUAUCUUGAAAUUGUGAAUUAAUCAUCUACAUUUAUUUAGUAUGCACCACACUGGUGAACAGAGGUUUUUCACAUGAGCUGAUUGCUUGGUUCUGAAAUGAUUAACGAGUACUAUUCACCUCCAAGCCACUGAAGAGAUGAAAUUGCUCAAUCCCAUCAAGAGUUGAAUUUCUGACCCAUUUGUUUGGUAUAUUGACCAAAGUAAACUAAUCCUUUGGUUUCUGUGUGGUAUAAUCUAAAAUGAUUAUUCGCUUAACCAAUAUCAGUGAAAGUGGUGGACAUUAGCCUUGCUGUUUUGCUGUUCAGUAAAUAUCCACUACUAAUCACAUCUGCUUUUAGUGAAUAAUUGUUGAGCCAGUUGUGUGGUUGUUUUAUUACACUUUACAGUUUAUUCAUUUCACUUCAGGUGAAGUAAUCCUUCCUUGCCCAGACAUCGCACAUGAGGGAGCCCUUUGGUUUCCAGACCUCACUGCAGCAGACCCAACCCUGAUUAUACCUUGUGCUGUUGGUAUUUUUAAUCUUGCCAAUAUUGAAGUGAGUAAUUUGAGUCACAUACAAUAUGAUAAUGCUUGAUUAAAAAUAAUCACAUUUAUUGCUCAAGAGUUCUUUUCAUGAUUUAGUUAUUGAUGUUGAAUGUAAACCAUACUGAUUAAAAAGAAUCAUUUGAUGGCGUAUAAGUAAAUUAUUGGCAAAUGGUUUUGAAAAUUGAUAAAAAUUUAAUUCAAGCCAAUACCCCAAAAUGCCAAAUAUUAAGAAAGUGCUGAAAGUCUCUUAUUCGAUUCUUGUUGAUAAAAUUUAAAAAGUUUCAUCAAUUUUACAUUUAGAAUGCAUUGACUGCACAAUUACAUAUUAUACAAUUGGGCACAUUGUAGUACACUUUUCUCAGCUUCAUCUGUUGAUAGCUUUUUAAAUAAAGCCAUAGAUUUUGGGGUUUCUUUGGGAGUGGAGUGUUAAUCAUACUGCUCUGAUCCUGGAUUCUAUGAUCAAAAUUAAUUUAAAAUAGAUUAUUUUAAUGCUAUCUGAGAGUAGCACACAAGACUGUCAGUGAUAGAGUUCACAGCAUAAAUUUGUUAUAUUUUCAUCCCAUGGAAAGCCUUUUAUGAAGUAUUUUGACUAUACUUCAGUUCUUGUAUCUUGUCUGUUUUUCCCUCACAUCAGAGAGGGAAAUCUUUAUCCUAAUUCACAAAUUACCCUUGCAAAUUGACAAAAACUUCUUGUUUGACUUACCUAGGAUCAGAAAUCUUUCUUCACUCUACUCUGAUGCCACUCCAUCUACAGCCUUUCUCAUCACAGAGUCAAACGUACUGUAUAAAUGUUUUGUUGUAUAAGCACCCUGCCUUUUUAUAGGCGUGGUACAGCACUCAGGGUGUGGACUUCCAGCCCUGCUCAUUGUUUACUUCAUUUCAUAGUUGAACCAAGAUUUUACUGUUUACAUCUGCUUCAUGGCUUGACAUUUUGGGUGGAGUUUGGGUGUGGUAGUUUUGAAAAGGAAAGUUUGACUUUUAGGCUUUUAAAGAAGCAAAAACAAGUUUCCAAAACUAUCAGAGCUGUCUAUGUAUUCAGUGCCCUUCAAAUUUGAGGCAAAUAAGCUUAGAAUGUGAAGGAGAGUGAAGUUUACAAUGAUAUAUUUUGUGUUUAAGUAGAAUGGUUAAUUGGAUGUUACCAAAAUAAAACUGACAAGAUAACAGGUGAUAGUUGGCCACCUGUUGAUCAGGUGAUUUUUUAUGUUGGUGACAGACUCUGAAAACUCAGUUUUUGUUAGAAAAAAAUUUAAGCACAAUCAACUUGUUGAGAAAGCUAAUGUGGCAAAAUGAAAUCCUUAAUUGAACUGGGUUACAUCAAAAACAUGAUCAAUCCCUUACCUUAAUAUUUUUUUUUUUUUGCGGGCUAGAUUUUAAGAAUUGUGCAGCUUACUCCUUGUUAUUACUUUUUCUGUUUGGUCUGCUUUGUAGCACAAUUGAAUUUCAUGAAAGUCAGUAGUGUCCAAUGGACAGAUAUUCAAAUACUAAAUCAUUUCAACAAAUCCUAGAGUAUGCAAUAAUAUGGGUGCAUUAGGAAUCAACUAUUCUGUUUUACAGUGUAUGAUUGAAAAUGAUUUAAGUUGCAUCCAUAAGCUCAAGAAAUGAGAAACACAUUUGACAAUACAGUCAUGAAAUUUUGGCUUUGUGGAUGUUAUUUUUUUGUAGAGAUAAUAAGUAAAAUUUUCAUAGUGUUAGUUCAAUAUUUUGUAAAUGAAUGGACUUUGAUCAUGGAAUAAAUAUGUAGUUUUAAAAUUCAUGUAUCUACAAUGUUAUCAGAGCCACAUUGCUUUCAAAAAAUUGUAUUUCUGUUUUUCUUUUUUUAAUUUCAGUGAGGUAGGCAAUUAGAUUAGCUGGUGAAUUAAAAUGUUGUAAGGUGAAUUAAUAGAUAUAAUUAAUUUUCACUUAACUUUUAUAAUGCAAAUUUAAAUUAUUGAUAAUUACAUCAACUGAUUUAAUUACAAUUCUUAUGAUAAGGUAUUAUAAAUUUUUAUUGCUUUGGUUGACCAAUAUGGCCUUUGGAGGUCGCGUGUAAAUUCUCUAUUGUUGUUAAUAGUUUGUUUUCUGAGGGCAGCUGUAUAUAAUGUUUAUAACCCUUAUGUUGAGUUUUGUUCUCUGAUCACCAGCUUCAUGCCCUGCGCCGACACAACACAACCAGAUUUCAGCGGAUUCUAACAAAUACAUUAAGGCUGGUAUCUGUGGGUAUGAUCUUUGUUGCUGCUCAAGUUCCUUCAGUAAGUUUCCUGUCAUAAAGUUGUUUAGUUUCUGAAAAUGUCCAUUUAGUGAAACAAAACCCCUCUGAUAGGUAGGACCUUUUCUACUUCCCCAGCUGAGUCUCUUGCAUGUGACCAAAGUGAUCAACAAAUAACAAUAGUCACUGAAAAUAACCAAGUCACUAACCAAAACCCAGUCCCCCAUUUAACGUGUGAGAACCUUCUCUUUUGUCACUUUUAGGAGCUCAGCUGGCCAGAAAACCAUGUCUCUGUGCUGGUUCAUAUUUUAUGGUAAUUUUUUUUGCAGGCAAUGUGUCUCUACUGGGCAGUUUCUGCUUUCUUUGGCUUGGCUCAGAAUAUAACCUUUAAAUUCCCUGCUGUUCGCCGUCUGCUUGGUAUUCCAAAGACUCCCAAUGAGAGUCAACAUCCAGUGCAAGACUUAAAGAAUCUGCUGCGACUUAAGGGAGAAGAGUUUGUAAGAAUUCAAAGAGAAGGAAGAUCAGUAAAAAAGAAGGAAUGAUCAGGAAAUUACACGUCACUG